AUGACACAGGCGGAAGCAAAUACACAGCUGGGCUCAGAAGACAUGCGAGUCGUUUGCCCGUGGGACCUGAAUAUGGAGGGUACUGAACGGUACUUGUUGCAGAUCUGUGUCUCUUGCCGACUGGCAUCGGACACACCCAUGCACGCACAUCACAUCUUGACUCAACCAUGUUUCCUCCACGGCGCAAGUUGGGGCUGCAGACGUGUCAUGGCAUACUCAGUAGAGCAGCUCUAA